GGCUGUCGUAAGUCACGUGUUUAUUGUGAAGAUGGCGUCUCCAAAUGGAGGUAAAUUCUAAUUCCCUAUCCUGCUUUGCUGUGUAAAAAUGGUCAAUUUAGCGUUUUUAAGAGCAUUAAAUCGUUAGCGAAUCCUAUACCGUCUCUCAAGAACAUUUGGGAACGAUGGAAUACACAUGUUAGCGUAUUAUUGUAGUUGUUUGGAGAUGUUUUGACCGUUGGCUAAAGCCUUCCUAGCCCCAGUGUUGUGUCUGUACAGUGUUCAGGGAAGCACAAUGAACAACAACCUUUAACAGACGGACCCUCACAAACUGUAUAGUAGUUAAAGUGUUUGUUUGACAGCGUCGUGUUAAGUUAUGGGUUUACUGACUGUGUUUUUUCGGUCCUUUAUGAGCUGACUUUCUCUGAAGGUUGCUGCUUUAAGUAAGAAUGUUUCCCCCUUGUUGUGUUUUUACUGUUAAUAUGCCGUUAUAUCGAGUUUCUCUCGUUUUUCUGUGUAGUUUCCACGUUAACUAUGUAAAACGAUGUAUGAAUCAAUUUUACAUCGUUAAAAAUAAUCUAGUUCGUAAUGCUGCAAAUGAAGAAGAGUGCUUUUGAAAAUGUAAGCAUAUCGUCUCGUAUAGAAAUGAAAUACACAUGAUGACAUGCAGAUUUGAAAUAACCUUUUUAUGUGGUUGUUUGUAUUUUAACAGUGUGGCAUGGUUUUAACCCUUGUUAUGAUUUAUUAACUUUAUUUUAACUAGCUGUUUCUUUUAAUGUGACCUAUAUUCCUUCUUCUAAUGGGAUUUCUCAUUAAGUGUCUGAGCAUUUUGAAAAGCACUUAACAAAUGAAAUGUACGCCUAUACUAAGACAGACUUUGACAUACCACAACUAGAUACUACUGACACACUUCUUACUACUACUCCUACUAAAAUAUAUGUAACAAGUAUGGGAGAAUGGCCCACAUGUUAAAAGAUUUGUAUAAAAAGAGAUUGUUUUCCUGAUAGAUCAAACAUGUUACUCUGUACAUUAAUGAGCUGUAUGAUUGUAUUUUUAAAAUGGCUGAUCUGAUGGUGAUGACUGAAAAUACUUAUUGAACUGAGCAUAGCUUAAAAAACAAUGUGCAGAAAAUGUGUUUUGAAAAAUGUCUCACCUUGAACCUGAUGCAACCAUCUCCCAUUACACAUACGACCAUAUUUUUCAAAAUGUAAAUGGCUUUAAGUCUUUAAGUGUUAGUAAUGUGCUUAAUAGAGCCUUAAGGGACAAAUCUCUACAAUCGUUCAACUAGAGAUCCAAAAGCCAAAGACUCGCCAAUACCAAUCAUGAAUGCCAUGAAAUGCAAAUCUUUGUAUUUAACAAUAUGAGACUAUCAUCAUUCAUCUUUGAAAAAUAACUGAGUUUUUGUAAGGGCCAGGUGACAUUCUCUCUCUCUGCCCGGCAUUAUACCUGUCUGCAGCAGUCAUAAACUUGUGUUUUAAUAGAUGUUAAAGGACACUGUUAAGGUCAGUGUUUGCUGACCUGUGAAUGAGGAGUUCAUACUGUACUGGCUGUGCAGGCGGGCAUAGUUGAGAGACACGUGCAGCAGACAGGAAGAAGAAUAAGAAGUAUGACUUUAGCUGCAGACAAACCAAAUUUAGUGUCUUUCUGCAGAGGUGUGGACAUGUUCUCCCACUCUGGUUGAAAAUAUGAGUGUGAACUUUUUUUUUCUAGGGCUUCAGUGCUUUUUUUACUGCUACUGAAUAUAAUACCAAUACCGGUGUGGUGUCAUAAAAGUAUCAUAGUAUGAAAACUUUUAACAACUUAAGGCACAGAGUUUAAGCCAACUGCUCUAACAUCAACGAAGAGGAGUGGUUAUUAUGCACAGAAAGAACAUACUAACAGGAGUUUUUGUUGAAAAAAAAAAUGAAUAAAACAACUGAGAUUUUAUGGUGCUUUGAAGGUACUCUGUGAGAUUUCAUGCAAAUUCACAAUUCAUUUAUUUUUCAUAAAAACUAAAAAAGUCAUUUUCUGUGUCGUGUUAGGUGAUGACUUUGAGUCAUCUUUGCUGAGUUUUGAGAAGUUGGACAGAGCGUCACCAGACCUGUGGCCAGAGCAGUGUAAGUUUGCAUUCUCCCUGCUUCCUCUAGAAAAUUAAUCACUAUCAAAUGUUGUUUUAUGCCGUCAUAACUUGAUCAUCCUUUAAUCUGUCUUUAGUGCCUGGAGUGGCAGAAUUUGCUGCAUCUUGUAAAAAUGUGAGUAAUAUUUACAGUGGAUCACUUUGAUUUACACACUGGAUAAUUAAACACACUUGACUCAGUGUUAAAAAAAAUGAUCUGAUUUGUAAAUCAGGUGUUAACUGUUGUGUUUUUUUUUUUUUUGCAGCCCAUCACAAAUUUACCCCCAAAGUGGAUGGCUGAACUGGAGAGUGAGGACAUUGAAAUGUUGAAAGGUAAUGUUCCAGAUUGUCUUGGCAUUUUUGUACCUCUACUUAAUACCUGUAACAGUUGGUGUUAAACAGGAAGGAUGUCGACAAAAAUAGUUUUCACUGAUAAUCCUGUCAAAUGGGGUUACAUUUUUUUUCCUAAAACCAGUUCCACGAAGUAAAGAGCUUUCACUGUGCUGUCUUUCUGCAGAGCUGGGCAGUCUGACCACGGCUAACCUGAUGGAAAAGGUCAAAGGACUUCAGAACCUGGCUUACCAGCUGGGAUUAGAGGAGUGUGAGUACAUGCAAUACAUAAAUCAGAAACAGGUUUGCAAGUGGACGGUGAACAGCUGCAAAAUACAUGAUACAAGGUUUCCUAAAAUCUCCUCAGAGUCAUGUGUCACCACUAGAUGGUGCUCAUCACCUUUCUGGAUAAACAGCAGAUGGUGUAUUAAAAAGCAUACUGCCUGAUCUCAUAUUUAAACAGACUUUGAGCGCAUGUUUUUGUAACCAAAAGCAGGAUCAUUUUAAAAGUUUGCAGUUCCAAAUCAUGUCUUUAUUCCUGCCAAACAGCAUGAGAAAGUUCAGUCUGAGGUCUUUAAAUGAUGGAUUUGGGUCAAUCUUUUUAAAUUGGAAAAAGGUAAGAGACAAUGGUUUGUCCACAUGAGCCCAUACAACAAGUGCUCAAGCAUUUGAUGGAUGCAAAAUCUAGGUUUUAAUCCAUUCCCAGCUGCCUCCAUUGUCAUAAUCCUUAUGGAGUGUGGAUUAGAGAGAUGUAGCUAAGUGCUCAUAUUUCCCUGAGAAAAUGGGUAUUUAUUUUUUUCCAGUUAAAAAGCACACAAGCAAUGAAGAAUUGCACUGAAGUAUUGGGAUGGAAUAUAUAAUAAAUGCAUAUUUAUUUUAUUUCUAGGUCAGUUAAAUUCAGUUACUGUCUCUGAAUACGGGGGCAUGAAGUGAUCAGAGAAAUGGAAAAGCAUUUGUUGCACAAUAGCCAGCCUUGAAUUAGUGCACUGAUUUAAUAGCUCGGGUGUAUAAACUGAAUCAUGCCAAACAUAAUUUGAGAAGGCUUGGUGGAAAUUGAAAGAUGCAUUUGCUGGAACUUCUUGAUAGUUUAAAUAGAUUGUCAGAUUUAAGGACACAGCUCUCUCCAGAAAGAGGGAAAUGUUUUGUAUCCGCAGUGGUGUAAUACACAAAUAUCAAAGUGAGACACUACAACAAUCAUGAAAGUCUAGAAGAGAAAAACUACUUAUUAAGCAGCUAUAGAUUGUGUAGCAUGUGUUGUAUUCUCACCAACCCCAAAUCACAAAUUAAUUUCAUUGAAAAAGUGUCCAAUCUCGCUGACUCCUCAGCAUGUAAUCUGGCUGGUCUGGCAUAAAGAUGUUAGCUGUCACAGGUGUGCAGGCCUGCAGGCUUUGCAAUCAUGUCAUGUACCUUCAGGACGACGGGACACAAUGACGGUUAUUACUAGUGUCGGGGCAGCUCUGUAAUGGGUGCCUGUUUAAUGCUCUCUGGUUUAAUUUUCUCCUUUUCCCGGCUGUCAGGGGAGGCCUUGUAAAUCUCAGCUACUUUUUCAUCAUGUUUGUGCACUCUUCAGUGCCCGUAAACGAGACUCCGCAGAGGCACGGCAGAGCGAGGGCAGGGGACAGGAUUUACUGCCCCUCCCCCUUCGACAUGUGGACCAUUAAAGAGGGAGCUGGUUAAUGGGCAAAGCACAAUCAGGCAGUGUGAAGUUACCCACUCCGCCGAGGUUGAGAAGGGAGCUGGGCUUAACACCCCCAGCAAGACCAGCACUCCUCUGACAACCAGAAUAAACCCAAACAUUACCAGUGCUGGUUUCUGCUGUAUGCCUGUACUUACAGAUUUGUCAACACCGAUGUGGAAGGAGGGAGUAACACACCCUUUUCCCCAUUAACACUCGUUCUGCCCUCCUCCCAUAAUCAUCCCCGAUAAUAGCUGUAUGACGCUGGCUCGGUCUGGUCCCUGAGGGGUUUGACGCGUGCCUCGUCCUCAGGCCCCAGCUGUUACUCCGCCCCGUGAUGAAUACCCCUGUCGUGGGCCGCUGAGCGUGGGCAUCAAGCCGGCAGUCUCAGGGGAAAGCUGAGGACUCUGAUAAGUGCUGUUAUUGGAGGUAAUUGAAAGCUGAGUGUUCCUUAGAGACACAGUGGAGGGCCUGAGUUAAAGAGCACCAAACUGUACGGGGUGGUGAUGGUGCUCUGUCACACUUGUAGGCUCAAGGCCACUGACUGCUGUUUAAGUUUUCUACCUCAAGGAUGAGCCGUUAAAAAGGCUUGUACGGUAGACUCUGCUCGAUUGUUAUAAUUUCAUUUUUCCUUCAUUGAAAUGUGUUUGAAGCAGUUUCUGUGAUGCUGCCAACUUUAGCAUCAGUCUAUAGACAAAUUUUACAAUAACUUAAUUAUGAGGCAAUAAUGUGGCAGUUCUUCUGGAGACAUAUGAUCUAAACGCUGUCUUUCAGAUACUGGUUGAACAGUCUUAAAAAUUGAAUUGAAACUUGAACUGCAUCCCCUUCUUACUACGGCAAUUUUACCUUUCUUGACAGUUAAACUGAUGCUCGCUAGCUAUGCUAACAUGAUUUACCCAAUAUAUUCCCAUACUAUCAAUUAAAUCUGAUGAUCAUGCAGUUUAAGGUGUAUUCACAAGCCGACUGGAGCUGAGUGUUCAGAAAAGUAUGCAUUAGAUGAUGCUUUGUUUAUUCCUGAUGACUCUGCCAACUCUCUAUCGCUAGGAUAUAAUGCCAUCGGCUUGUUGUUGUCGUAGAGUAAGCCAAUUUAUGUGUUGACAGCCUUAUGCGUAUAAGUUAGUUUGCCAUCAAAGUGGAAUACUUCCUGUUCUGUUUUUCAGCUGCUUUGUUAUUGCCCCUUUUUUGGCAGACUUGGCAAGUGAGUGUAGUGAACAACUUAAUUUAGUUUGCAAGUGAGUGUUCAAUUGAGCCCUGCUGGAGCUCUAAGUCAAACUACUUCAAACAGUCCAUUUCGCAAGUAGACGUUACACUUUAAAUCCAAGCAGCUGAGCACAGUUUGAGUAGGAUCUUUGCUCAAAGUGAGUUUUGAAUGAAAAGUGUCAGCAGGAAUUAAAGCAAAGAACGAGUGAAAGAUGAGUCUGAAGAAGCAGGACAUCAAAAAUGCGCUGCUGAAGCAACAGCAGAGACGUACUCUGUGAUGACAGUUUGUUUGCAUUUUUGUCAAUGCUACAUGCAGAUGAACAGAAGUACAAACAUUUUACUGUAUUUCUCUUGAAGAUGAUUCCCCUUAAUCACUUUCUUCCUGUUAUGUGUUCCUUCUCUUUUUUUGCACUGAUUGCAUGAUAUAAAUGUCAUUAGCUCUACAAACUUACCUGCAAUGAAUAAUUCCAAAUGUUUUCAUUUUGUCAUUUUGUGUCAUUUUUAUCAGAGGACUUGUAGCAGAAAUCCUUUACAGAGUGGGUGUGGCAUAAAUGGUUUAAUUUAUAUGAAACUUUUUAGAAAAUUAAAAUUUGGAUAUGAAUCAGCUACAACAGAAGACAUUAUAAGAAGAGAAUAUUCAACUCCUGUUAAAAUAUCCCAUUAAUUAACAUGGGGGAGUUGGGCUUUAUGACUCAAUAGAAAUAGUACUAGAGUUCUUGGUUGCACUGUUAGAGUGGUCAUGUUGUCCAUUUGUUAUACAGUCAUUUUCUACCUUGAGUGGUACAAAAAUAUAAGGUUCUUAUCAUAGUUGGGACUUUUCCUCUGUUUCUUCCACCAAUGGGAAUAUCAGAAAAUGAACACAUUACAAAAAAAAAAAAGUGUAACUGGUGUGUAAAAUGUUGAUUAAACAGAUAUGUUAUUUUAAGUUAUUUUUUAUUGAUUGAAAAAUAGCAUAAGACAACAAAUAAAAUGUUGGAACUAAAAAACUGAGAAAUAAGAAAGAAAAUCUGCUUAUUUUAACCUUGAUAUUAGGAACAUAUUUCAGAGUAGUUUGCACAGCGACCAAAAAAAAAAAGCACUGAUAAAGUUUGUAAUGGUAUAAAAAAACACCUGGAGGAUAAUCUCUCAACAGAGUAUCAAAUUUGCAGCAGGUCAGAUACAUGGCAGGGUAUAUAAAUAGCAUUCAAGACAAACUAAGUCUCUCAGAAGCAAGGAUGGGGAGCAGUAUAGCGGUCAGUGAGAGACUGCAUGAGCAAAAAGUAAGACAACUGUCGAAUAAUGUUCAAGGAUUUUAUUAGCUACAGUACAUAACACCAUUCAAAGAUGUCUUGUUUGUGGAUUUUGGUCAUAUUUUACACAAUGUCCCACCUUUUUUGAAAUCGGGGUGCAAUCCAUGGAAAGAGAGGGGUCAUUAACAUGAUAUCACCUCAGUAGAGGGAUGAAAAGUUUUGUUAUCUUUGGAAAUACAGCUUUGCCGUAUGUGUCCUGUAUUUAGGACCACCUGUUGUAUCUCAAAGUGCACCACAGAGCACCUCUGAUACCACCCCACAUAGACCCAGGCUGACCCCUGUGGCGCCAGUCUGUGUGAAGGUGAGACUGAAGGUCGCCCUGCCCUGACAGCUCCUAAUGGGCCCGCAUUCACCUCCAUCCCCUCCUUCCCCUCACCCUUAGGAUCAAUCUCCGGCCUAUUAGAAGCGUGCCGCUGCUGAAUAUGAUUGCAUUCACUGGGCUCCACUGGCGCUAAUGUGCCUCCAUCAAUCCAUCAGGCGGGCUGACCGCGGGGCGGGCCGUUAUGAAGUGCCUGAGCUGACAGCCGCUGAAUGAGGAACAGGGGAUGUUUCCCUACCACCACUGCUACCAUCUUUCCUCCCCCUCCUCCUUCUCCUCCUCCUCACCUCUACUAGUCUCCUGUGUCUGUCCCUUGGUGAAUCAUAGUUAGGAUGAAUGGCAGUGGUGUUGUGCAACUCUCUUUAAAGGUGACAGUGUUGCUGUAAAGAAAAGUGAAACAAGAAUGGAGGAAGUUUGGGCUCACUUAUCCCUCCUAAACGGGGCUUGUGUUGUUAGUUCUCUUAAAUUAGCUUCCAUAGAAGCGUCUUUUCAGCUCCUUUAGUGAUUGUUGUCAUUGUUGAAAGAUUCUUUCAUAGUUUUGGCAAGAUGGCAUGACUCUCCCUUUCCUCUGUGUAGCAGGUUGCAGCUGUGUUUGAUAGAGCUUGUCUUUAUCUUAAGCAGGAUCAGUGUCGGAGUUGUGUGAAAGCAAAGGCAGGCACAGCUUCACACGCACACACUUAUACACACACACAUACUCGCACACCGCUCCUCAGUUCUGCCAGCCUGCCGCCUCCCUGAGCAGAUCGGAAAUGACACCUCAUUUCCAUAAAGGCAUUAGAAAUUCAUUGGAUUUUCUUUCCCAGCUAAUCAUAGUGCGGGUGUAAAACCUUUUAGGCUUUUUAAUGAACGAUUUUUGACUGAUUGCCUAUUAAUAAGGACACCUCUUGAACAGGCGCGGGCUGGGGCAGGGGUUGGGAGGUGCAGAUGUGUUUGUUUUGGUGUGUGAGUGUGUGUGUGUGUGUGCAUCGGCUAGGCAAAAAUGCAUUGGAGGAGAAGGAGGUGGAGGAGAGGAGGGGUGGGCCCUCUCGGUUGGGACAUAAAGAGGAACCAGUGGCUCCCCUGGGAAAUCACAGCUCGUGUCUGCAUCUUAAAUAUCCCUGUGAAGUAUCAAUAAGUGGGUAAUUGAAUUUUGAACACAAACAUGAGCGUCAUGUGUAUGUGUUGCUGGCAGGGAGGGGUGUAGGCUGAGCGCGCGUGUGUGUGCCUUCAAGUGUUUCUUUGCUUGUGUGUUUCAUCUCCUCUGUGUCUCUCUGGUCCCCAGAGAGGAGGGCGGUGAAAGAGGAUGUUAAAUCCAUUAAAUAAAGCUUACAGCCUGUAAUAGCUGAGCAGCGCGCGGCGAUGGGCAGAGAGGGUCAGAUAAGUCCUCUUUACUCUUAAUGAAAGUGAAUCGGGGCAGUCAGGGUGGGGGUCCAGGACUCCAGUUAACCCAGGUGGUCAUCUGUCUUUGGAGCUAACAGGGGUCCAGCCGCUCUCAGGGAGCGUGCCAUCUAGAGAGGCCGGCAUGGGUGGAGGGGGGGUUACUGGGGGGUGAAGUGAUGAUUACUCUCAUUUCAUACACAGGGGAAUUGUGGUGGGGGGCUGGAAGUGGGCUGUGACAAUGACACCCAGAUCAGUCACCGUAAAUGAGGGGAGAGUAAGAUGUUACACAUUUAAAUUCAAGCCCCCUGGGAUUUAGCAAAUGAAACUGGUUUGUCCAGCAGAGCAGAAAAUCGUCAAGAGGUUUUGGCUGUAGUUUUUAGGCCUCUCUGUUUGAUUUAGGAGAAAGGGGCAGCAUUUUAAAUAGCCACGGGGCAUAUUUAGCUGUUUCCAGAUAUGGGUUAAUCUCCAUUGUUGCAGUGUACCUUAGCAGCAGUAAUCAGGCUCAAAUCUCCAUGCAGAGGAUUACAGUGCUGAUGUCGGAGCUAAGGGGGUACAGGAGUCUUCCGCAGGCUGCUCUCUUAUCUAUUCCACGCCGGCCUUUCUGUUACUCAGACUUCACCCUGAUCAUAACCAGAUGAAGCUGUUUGAUCUUAUUGCAUCUAUUUAUGGAUAAAAAUCAUUCAAAUUGCUCGGCCAGACAAUGGAUUGCAGUCAAGGAUGUAUGUAAUUGGUAAAAUGAUUCUAUAUCCAGCAUGAUGUGGCCAUGUUUACUGACCUGGCAUGUCUUGCUGUGAUGAAAUCUGAAGACAGUCGGGGUCUAAAUGAUAAUUAGAGAGUAACAAAUCAACAGGGCAAGGAGAGACGGCCCACAGGAUCCAUAAGGUGUCAUUUAGUAUGGAUGGUAGCCGUAACAAGAUGCUGAUUAACUCAGUGCAAAAUUAGUAAUUGACCUUUCUAAUCAACUAAACAAAUCUCUAAGUCCCUCUAAUCAGUAUUGAUCUCCCACGUUGUAUGACAAAGCGUGUGUGUGGGUGAGUGUGUGAAUGUGUGCUUCUGAGACUUUCAAACUUCCUCUGUUAUCAUGCAGCUCUUCUAUCAGCUGAUCUUAUGAAAACUCUUUUGUAAAUGACCCUCACAAAUAGGAUAUCUUGGAAGCAAAGUUUAACAUUUUGAUAGAAAUCAUACAUAAAUCAUCACAUUUUUUUGUCAUGUGUAAGUGUUAAAGGGACAGUUCACCUUUUUUUUUUUAAGUGAGGUAGUAUUAGUCCUUGGUAAGUGUGCAGUGGUAAGUGUAUCAUCCACCAUCCACCAUCCAUCCUUUGUCACCAGGUUAUACAGAAGAGUCAGCUCUACCACGCAAUUUACCUUUUAAAGAAACCAAAAAACUAAUGUCAGUGUAAGCAUACACUUUAUUUAGAAAUUUUUUGCAACCUUGUGAUCUAAAAGCUGGCUCAUUUUAAGAAUCACAUGCUCCUUCACUCAAAACCAUCCCUUUAAAGCUGUUGUGAGAAGGUUAUGAAAUAAAUGAAAAUUAAAACUGUUGUUUUUUACUGGACUAUUGAGGACAAGUAAGUAGCUGUAUGCUAUGAAGUAAUUAGCUGUAUGCUUUUAAAACAGUUUUUUACAUUCUUGUUGUACAGUAUCUUUGUUAAUAUUCAUAUAGAAAUAAAAGAACAAAAACACACAGCUUACACACAUACACGAAAAGAUUAGUUAAGAAAUGAGGGGUGACAUUUGUCCACAGCAGGUGUAAAAAUAAAAAAUAAGUUCCUUUCAGGAGCUUUAAAUACAUCAGCAGGACAUUUUUAUACCUGCGUCUUAGUUAAAGCGGUAUUCACAUCUCAUAUCUAAGUACAUGCAGUUUACAGAUAAUUAAAAUGACCAGACUAAAUUUAGCUGCUUCUGUUUCAGUUACAUUGCAUUACUGUUAUUGCCACAUUAGUCAAGUUUCCAUCCAAAUGCAUUUUUUGUAAAGACACUAAAAAACCUCUGUUGACACUUUUUUAAUGGUUAGACUUGGAAAAAAUAAAGGGAUUUUUCUUGAAUUGCGACACUUUCAUGAAGAGAACGCACAUAAAUCUAGUUUAAGGACGUGUACCCUAUACUAGCUUUAGACUAGCUUUUUGAUGGUCUUUGUAUUAAGUUUGGAAAAGUCCCACAUUGUGACCCUCUCUUUUAACCAAACCUUUCAUACAACAUGAUCACUUGCUGAUGUUUCCUCACACUCAAUCACCAACACAGAGCCCCCCCCCCUUGCCAAUCACUUUCCCUCAUAUUUCCGUGUUGUAAAAAGAGAGCCACACAUCAUAAAUUGAGCUGUGAUUUAUGUUUAAUGGGGUCUUUAAUGUGAUGAUGUGAAUGAUAUUUCUCUCUGAGUUGGGGGAGGCUGGAGUGAACUUUAAUUAAUGAGGCGCUCUGUGGGGCGAAGGGUCUCUGAAGGAGUGGCACAGCCUCCACUGAUCUAUUUUACAGUUUGGGCUCAUCAUGAGAUGGAGAAAACGAUAACAAAAGAGGGAGAGGGGCAUUAUACAAUAAAAAUCCCAAAUAUGACCGUCCCUGCUGUAACUGUUCCUGAUAAGAAAGUGACAUCAAAGUACCUGCGGCUCCAGGGUCAUCCACAUGUAAUUGCUUUCCCCUGCCUAAUUCUGAUGGCUUGAUUUCAAUCUAAAGCACCCUUUGCAUGUCCAGGGGUGCUCUGAUGAGUUUGUUUGGGUUGAUUUGAAGAGACAGCAAAGUGCAAAAUGAAUCCUUCCCAUUCCAAUUAGCAUCAUCUUUAACCUAAUGAGGGACACCUCAAGGUGACGUGGCCCCCACGCCCAGAUGCACCAUUAUCAUUCCACACAGGGCGACUCGUCUAAAUUACUAACUGGCCCAGCUUUUUCAUUAGCCGCUGCAGGGACGGGGGAGGCGGGGCUUCGUCACAUCAGCACACGGGCAGACAGCAGCCAUGCUCAUCACAAUCUCCCUGCAGGCACGAUAAAGGAGGAUGAUGUUCUGCUUAGCGCCUGUUCGAAAUCAAUCCAUCCUAAGCCGCUCCGCAGUCUUAUAUUUGUGCAAUGUUCCAUAUUAGUUGGAAACUAGAGUCGCUGAAGUGAUCUUUGCAACUUACAAUAGCUGCUGUGGAAACAAGAGCCUGAUCGUCUUAUCUAUAACAAAGAGUAAUUACUGAACCUAGAUGCUGCCUCUCCAGGGUUUCAGAUGCUGCUGCAACAAAGUCCCCACAGUGAUGCAAGCAUUUGUCUUCGACAGAAAAGCCUCAGCAAUGAUAGUCUCUCAGUGAAGACCACUCUGAGAAUGGGCCAUCAGCAGGGACAGGUUUUUGUAUCUAUGGUGCCUUGUACACAGAGUUUAUAGGGAUCCAACCGUUUUAAAAAUGUUUUAUUUCAUUUACAUUUGUUGUUUCGUCAGGGAGUGGGGGAUUUGAAUGAAGCAUGAAAAAAAUGUGCACUUGGAAAACAAAAACCUAUAAUGGAAGUGUUAUCUUGGUAUCAUUUUUGCUACAUCUAUUAACAAGGUUUAAAGCUCUCUGAGGAAAUGUGUGAGGAACAGAGCUCUUUGACAAAAAAAAGUGUGGAAAAAUACAGCAUUCAAUUGUAGUGCAAAACCUAUAAUUUUUAAGAAACGAAGCAACAGAUCCCCCAAAGAGAAAGAAAUGUUAAAAAGCAGGAACAUAAAAGCUUUGUGGACAAUUGUUGCUAGAUCAUCUCUUGUAGUAGCCCAUAAUCUGUUAGCAUGGUGUCCACAAAGUCGUCUCCUAUCUUUAUGUGUUCUCCUAAAGCAGUAUACAUAUUAACCUGGGUGAUUUGCCUUCUCCUACUCCAUUGUUUUAGUUUUAAGUAUUGAAGUUUGAGAGGGAAAGAAUAAAAGGCAGAAGCCUGUGUUACACAGAUUGUCAUUUUCUAAUCCAUUGAACAUCUCUCUGCCCUUUUAAUUUUUAUCUUACAACCUUUUACGUGGUUCCUAACGGGUUUCUUUUAAUAAUUCCAUUUGAAGGUCAUUAUUUGUCUCUGUUUUACCCCUUCCUUUUUCAAGUUAUUUGUCAUUUACAUGUCCAUAUCCCUGAGCCACAGGUCCAGGUUAAUAGAGACAUUUUGUCUCAUUUGCAUUUCGUACACACAGUCACACUUUGAUGCAUGCAUAUAGCGUUGAGUACUUGCACCUCACUACAAUGAGACAGCAAUCAGGCGGAUCACAGGGUAGCUAGUCUCCAGUUAAUGUUGUUUUCCAUGUCCUGAAUGAACAGAUGUUUGUAUAAAUUGCCUCCUUGUGUGACACUGCAGAUAUUAAAAACAUGCUUUGCAUUGCUAAACAACACUUCUGAGGGGGUUAGAGCUGCAGGCGAGGCACUGCAGGAGACUGCAGGUUUUUUCUUAUUAAAAAAAAAAAAAAAACUCUCCUGAUGCAUUUAUGACUUUGUCUUCUUGUUUUCCAGCCAGAGAAAUGACCAGGGGGAAGUUUCUGAACAUCUUGGAGAGGCCUAAGAAGUGACAUAUUCUUUUCCCUCUUCCUUUGAUUUUUUUUUUUUUCCAACAUUAAAAACUACAACUUUCGGACUGCAAAGUGAACUUGCCUUUACUCUGAACAUGUUCAGACCUUCACAGACUUUGCACUCAGACCCAGACUCCUCAGUGCACCAGAUGUCCUACUAGAUAGAUGCCUUCACAUUUCCUGUACUCUUUUAGAUGCAUUCGGUCUCUGAAUUUCUCUGUAGCUUGUUGAUGAAAUGGUCACUAUUUAUUAUUCCUUUGAUUUGCCGUUUUUUGCGGUUUGUGAGGUUGUAUAAUAAAGUUUUCAAACCCAAA